CUUCUGGCUAGUCGACCAACAGACACUUUAGCAUUCGUAUGCGUUUUAUCGUGAAAGUUUUUCUCAUAACAAAUAUUCAUUAUUACAGUGAAAUGUAAGUGAUAAACCGUUGAAAAUAGUUCUCGUUAAAAGAUCACUUGCACAAGAGUUUGGUUGCAGAUAUUUUCAUCAAAAUGACGUAAUCCAGAAGAUAUAAAAAUGAUACAAAUGAAUGCAACAAUAUUAAAGUCUUGGCUACUACGAGGAGAAUUUGAGAAAUUGGAACAUGUUGUCCUAGAAGGACGUGGAGCACGAUUGUUGGGUGAAAUUUCCCCAGAUCUUAGAACUAGAGUCUUCCUAAAAGGACUCCCAAAUUACUUGACAAAAAUCUCUUACAUACAUGAUGCAGUUUCACGUGGGUCUUUGACAGAAACGCAAAAACUUAUACUCGAAGAGCCUAAAAAGAAAUUGGCUAUUGCGAAAGAUCCAGCUGGUACUCCUUUGUUGCACAAAGCAGUAUAUCACGAUCAUCAAGAUAUCGUUGAGUGGCUUGUGCAAAAUUAUCCUAUUACCAUUCAACAGAAAGACAGAGAAGGGAGAACAGCAUUGCAUUACUGUGCUUGUUGUAAGGAUCCUGAAGCGAUUUGGGAUGUUCUCAUAGAAAACGAUUGUGACGCGAGUAUCAUCGACAAAAGGGGUAAUCCUGCGGCUUAUUAUUUGGAGCAUAGCUCGGAAAUUGAGCUACCGGAAGUGGAGAACAUGUCGCGCCGGAAGACCAGCUUUGGCAAAGAAUGCUUAGACUUCAAACCUUCGAACAUAAGAAUAUGGAUUCACAAUCGAGAUAUAGGAAAACUGCAGCAGGUUUUGUGGGAGGGUCAUGGGAACAAAUUGCGUAUGGAGACCAGCAACAAUCCUCGAGUGAAAAGAUUUUUAGAAGCUGUACCCUUCAUUAUGGGUACCGUGAAGGAUGUUCACACAUUCGUAAUAAAUAACGAUUUAGAAGAGCUCGAAAAUAAAAUAGAGGCCACGUCCCCAAUCGUUCUUUACGGCAAAGAUGGCAACGGUUUGAACGUCUUGCAUAAGGCUUGUGGCUUGAGGUACACGGAAAUCGCAAGAAAUAUCCUCGCGAAAUUCCCUUCCGUCGUGGAAGCGCAGGACAAUGACGGAAAGACUCCAUUGCAUUACGCGGCUGCAGCCAAGGAUGAUGGAACUUUGUACAAUUUGUUAGUCGAGUACGGAGCUGAUGAAAGUAAACUAGAUAACAGAUUAAAGGCGCCAGCAUUUUACAAAAAUCGACCAUCGGACAUAGACCAAUCACUGUUAAACGUGAUACCGGAAGCGCCUCGAGUUGCAGGGACAUCGUAUCCUAAACAUUGGGACUGGAGGAUUUUGGACGCGGAGGAAUUUAUACUUAGAGGAAUGAAGAAGGUUAGCAGUGCGGAUAUCGAUAGUGCAUUUGGCAGCGCGGAAUCAGCACCGAAAAAUCUCAGCAGAUCCAUGGAACAGAUAAAAAAUGUGGAGGAAGAUCAAAAAGACGAAGAGGAAAACGCGGAAGACGCGGAGGAUGCAAAGAACGGGGAAAACGCGGAAUCUGUUGAAAAUCCGGAGGAUACCAAAAACGAAGAAGAUGCGGAAGAUGCGGAAAACGGGGAAGAUGUGGAAAACGCAGAGAAGAUGGAAGAAACGGAAGAAGUAGAGGCGGCGGAGAAUCCAGAGCCAGAAACCACGGAGGAAGAUAACGAGGAGCAGGAAGCAAAGGUCGAAGAAACGGAAGAGAAGUCGUCGGAUGACGACGUGGUGACAGGUGCAGAGAUGCAAGAAACGGAGGAGAAUCCGGAGAAGUCGGAGAACGAAGGUGAGGAGGAGAAAGGGGAGGAACCGGAAGGUGAGGAUAAAGCCGAAGAGGAUAAAGAGGAAGCAGAGGAAUCGCAGAAAGAGGAAGAGGGCAACGAACAGGAGGAGGAGAAUAAGACGGAGCAAGAAGAAAGAAAAGAGCCCAGUACCGGUGAUUCUGGUGUCGAUGAUCCCGGAAACGAGGAAGACCAGCAGGUGAUCGUCGGCGAACACGAGGAGCUUCCGGAAGCAGACUUGAACGAGGGCACGAUGACGGCCGAUCCGGAAAUCGAGAAGCUGCUGGAGACCGGCAACAUGGAGCAAUUAGCCACGCUGGUGCUCAAUGGCGAAGGUAGAAGAUUGGUUGGUAGGCAUUCAGGGAAUGCCGAGCUGCAGACGUUCAUCGAUCGUGUCCCUUCGUACAUGGGGAAAAUUCAUGCUGUGCAUAUGGCAGCGCGAGAAGGGAAUCUGAGGGAUCUACAAAGCGCCUUAGAUCGUCGCAAAUUUGCAGUUGCAAGAGAUGAAUCAUCGCCACGUGGCGCAACGCCUCUUCACGUUGCAGUGAUAUUUGGAAACACUACUAUUAUCAGAUAUCUAGCAGGCAGGUUUCCAGAAACUGCACACGCAAUCGAUCUCGAUGGCCGAACACCUUUGCACUAUGCAGCUACACUAGCGGACAACGGUCAUUAUUAUAACCUCCUACUUCACUUGGGUGCCAAUCCUUUAGUUCAAGACAACUUCGGACAAAAAGCGGAUUAUUACAAACAAGACCAGUCCGAAUUCUCUCACAAAUCACUCCUUCGCGAUUUCGGAGCUAAUGAGAAGUUGGCCGACGAGAUAUUGACGGACAAAGUUUCUGGAGGCGACCUCUAUUCCUCGCGCCGAGACUUAAACGAACCAGAGACCCUAGCUACCCUGGAGAGGUGUUUCCGUCUUCUGAUCGGCGCGAGACACGGUAUGACACCAAAAUCGGCUGGGAACUCCGGUACAUUGAUCGGUCGUUGCCUGAAACGGCCUACAUUCGAUCGUAUCAAGCACCGUGUGACACGCAUGGACCACAAUCUCUUUGAUGUGAUCUGGCCUGCUUUUAAGAAAUACGGUAAUUACAACAGCAACGCGAGCAGCGCUUAUUCCGUGAUCAGCAAUAUCGCGGACGAGGACGAGUCGUUGUCCGUGGUCGCGCCGGAUUACGAGAGUUACAUCGUGUUCGCCGAGUUCUUCGACCCUUUGAUCAGAGACGUACAUUGCGUGACAGCCAGCGGUGAUCUGCCCGAUCAUCCUCUUCCGAGAUUCUUCUACGAGGACGAGGAGGGCGAAGAGAGUUACGAUACACUGGACGAAGUGACUGUGUCCUCGAUCGAUGCGUACGAUCUCGAUCCUUUGGCCAAAUAUGUUCAAGCUGGCGUGAUAGAGUGUUGCAGAAAUCUGGAGAAUUAUACUCUUCCGUUGACACUGACUGUGAACCAGCUCGAAGAGGUGGAACAAGAGAUCACCAAUCAACUGAUGAGCCAAGAGGUCUCGACGAUGAUAGCAGAGGGUAGCAGCGAGGACGAGGCCGGAUCUUACUUCACCCUGAAUGAGAUUCUGGACCAGCCGAGUCCCAUCAGAGCCCAGCUGGCUGCAGCUGGCCUACUUUUGCCGAUCACCGACUUCGAGCUCCACGACGAUAAACGUCUUCACGGGAAGCACUGGCCUUACGGUCGAGGAGUGUACGUGGCUUCUGCCGGCGACCUGGCUAUUUGGGUCAAUGUUCAGGAUCACUUGAGGAUCGUUUCUCGGACAAGUGACACUAGACCUGGCUUGAUCGGCCAUGCCUACGCGAGAAUGGCGAAAUUGAUCAUGGUGUUCGAUUCGAAAUUGAAAUUCAAAAGGGACAAAAAGCUCGGAUUCCUAAGUGCACGUCCCUACGCAAUUGGCAAUACUAUUAGAUUUAACGUGAUAAUCAAAUUCCCCGAAUUGUCGAAGGAAUUUGAUCAUUUGAAGCAUCUGUGCGUCGUUCGAGGGCUAAGUAUACGGGAGACGGUGAAAAGGGAUACGGUACGAAUCGGUAAUCAACAGUCGUUGAGCAUCACCGAAUUACAGACCCUUCAAGAUUUCUCGAGGGCCGUGCUCAAUGUUCUAGCGUUGGAGAAGGAAUUGUCGAUAAAUAAUUCGUUGAAAAUUGCCACCUUGAUCGCGGGCCUUUUUCGUAAACGAAACAGCGUUAAACAGCGUUUACAGAAUUGAGAGGGAGGAAACCGAUCAACCGAUAAACGAAAGUCUUUAUUUUUCAUCAACUCUUUGUAUUAUAUUUGUAUCUUCUUCUCCUUCUUUUCCUUCUUUUUUCUUUCUUUUUUUUUUUUUAUAAAAUUAAAAACGGAACAAUAUAUACGCUUAUACAUGGAAUCCUUCUGUGAUAAUUCACGAGCCAACACGUUUGACUGUCAAAUUAUCUCCCAUCAGACUGAGGAAAUAUAUAGGGGAGAUAUGUUAGCGUAUGUUGAGAAUGAAAGAGACAAGAGAGACGUUGGAAAGAUGUGUGUGAACGUUAUUCUAUUUCUCGUGCGACGAAUGAUAUGAUAGACUUAAAUGAUUAACUACUAGAGGAACAACUGGAUUAAUCAUUAGGUUAGUAGAACGAACAGUUAUUGGUACAUGAACAGUAUGCUUUGACAUGUUGUCGCACGACACCAUGCUUACGUGAAAAUGUGUAUAUGUACCUGGAACGGAAAUUUACAGAGAUUUAAAAUGUUCUAGAAGAUUGGAAGAAAAAAAAUAGGAAAUGGGGGAAAUUUAAAAGCUUGUUUAUGUGUCAUGCACGAGUUCGAUGUUCACACGAAACAGAAAUGGCGUAGCACAUGUCUUUCCAACUCGAUGUCUUUCCAAUACUCAAUUUUAAGAUAAAUUGUAUAUUUUAUACGUAUAUUGUACGUAAAUGAUUAUACAUAAACGAAAUCCCUCACCUCUCACUUUUAUCAAAUGUGAUUUUUUUUUUAUUGUUAAAUUCUCGCAAUUUUGUGUAAACGUGCUUUUACAUAUUUCAAUUUUAUAUUUAUACGCUGUAAAUUUGUUUGCGAUUUAUACGUGCAACACGAAUUUCAGAGUGGAGUGAUGCACCUUGUGUUCGUGAUGCACCUUUUGUUUAUGGAAGAUUUGCUUUUUUAUCGUUUUCGAAAAACAAAGAAUAAUUAAGACAUAAACGUAUUGCACUUGUAUUGAUAUAAGUGAAAAGAAAUAGAAAUAAUCGUUAUAUAAAAUAAGUGCAAUAGGUAAUUUCUAAGUAUUUUAUCUAUUCGUUUGAUAACAAUAAAAAUUCAUAUUUCAGACGACAAAGUGGACAUAUCGAUAUUUCGAGAAGAAGAGGGUCGCUACUUAGCAUCGUCACUCGGUGAUCCAUUGAUCAGAGGUCUGACAGAAGUCGCCAAUAAUCGUCCAAAAGAUCCAGUUACUUAUCUGGCUACUUAUUUGUACAAU